AUGCGACCCGCGUACAAUGCCCAAGUCCCGAGGAGGGUAUCGAAUGGUGAGGAAGAUGAUGAUUUACUUGUCAUUGGUAUUGACUUCGGAACGACUUACUCUGGAGUAGCCUGGGCUACGACUGAAGAAUUCGAAAACGACCACAUUAACAUCAUCACCACCUGGCCUGGUAAGGGUCUCGAAGAAGGCAAAGCUCCAACAGAGCUUUACUAUGACGGCGAUAUGAUGAUGUGGGGAUACAACAUCCCUGAUGAUGCAGAUCCGAUUCGUUGGUUCAAGCUUCUACUCCUCAAAGAUGAGGACCUUGGCCCUGAAUUGUGCGCAUCUGAGUUCAUUUUGCGAGGCAAGAGAAUGCUGAAAGACUCUGGAAAGACUGCCAUUACGCUCGUAGCGGAUUUUCUGCGGGUGCUCUUCAAUCACGCGAUGUAUACCAUCACUAAGUCGAGAGGAGAAGAAGUCGUUGACGCCAUGAGGCUGCACAUAGUCAUCACAGUACCUGCAAUCUGGAAGGGUUAUGCAAGACAGGCAAUGGAGACAGCCGCGGAGCAGGCGGGAAUUCUCAGUACACGGGUAGCGGGAAAGACUAGACUGACUUUGGCACCUGAGCCCGAAGCCGCAGCUUUAUCAACUUUGAGCGAGCCAGGUAGAAGGGUGGGCAAGAACGAUGUGUACAUAAUUUGCGAUGCCGGUGGUGGUACGGUGGAUCUCAUCAGCUACCAAAUCGAUCAAACGAAACCCAUAUUGAUGCACGAAGCAGUAGAAGGAACAGGCAGCCUUUGCGGCGGUAUCUUUAUUGAUGAAGCUUUUGAGAGAGCAUGCAAAGCUCGCCUAAGCAAAAGAUGGAACCAUUUAACUGGUACUGGAAAGAAGAGAAUCAUAAGAAAUGAAUGGGAGGCACUCAUCAAACCAACAUUUGUGCCCGCUCGGACGCAUCAAGACUAUAUCGUUGAAAUACCAGCCGAAGCUUUCAGCGAGUCUGGUCUCAACGACUUCUGCAAGGAGCCAAUCAUCAAGAACGGAAGGAUCCAUUUCAAGGAAACUCACAUUCAGAGCACCUUCAUAGACUCUUUAAAAGGGAUUGAUAAGCUGCUCGCGGAGCAGACUAGAAUGGCGGCAAGGUCUGGCUUGACAAUUACCGGCAUCAUUCUUGUCGGAGGAUUAGGCGCCAGUCCGUACUUGUAUGAACAUCUCAAGAAGCAGCAUGGAAUGAAAGUCUUGCAGUCGGGGGGUAUACAACCAGGAGCAGUUCAUAAGGGAUUCUUGGAUGGCCACCGAGCUGAAGAUCAGACCCUUGUUAGGCGGCCUGACCAUAGACUUAAGGGCGAUAUUGUUUCUCAGAAGAGACCAGUACGAUUCUCCUAUUACGAGAUUUACAAAGAAGACGUCGGAGGCCGGUUUUCUGUUGGCAUCUGCGAAUGCGAUGCGGCGGAGGUGCCGGAUCGGUGCACAUUUCAGGUCAAUGACCUUUGCUACAUUGAUUGCAAGCUCGACGUUCCAUUUUCGAAAUUGCCUGACAUCAUGACCAUCGACGGUACGAUGGCAAAGAAGAUGACUUAUGUGGUGGAGAUGAUUCCAUCGGGGGCGUCUGUGGAGUUUGCUGUCUACAUUGAUGGUAGAAAACAAGGUAGUCAUAACGCCAGCGUCAGGUUUGAGUGA